CAUCAUUCUUUGAUCUCGGCUCUUUUCGCUUUAUCUCGCCUCUGCCGGACCAAAUUAUUUUUACUUUCGCCACUUAUAUAGUAAAAUCUCUGCGCCGCACGCCCUCGCACUUCUACAUACAGUUGGGCUGCUUUUAAACCUAUUGACUUUGAGUGACAGUACUAAGACGCACCAUGAAUUCAAUUUUUUCGCGGCGACUGGCUCACGCUGUGAAUGGUGUGGCCAAGUUACAGGGUGGCUCGCGCGGGUUCCUACUGCCAUCGCUUCCGUCUUUCUCAACAAAGAAAGUUUACAAUGAUACCGGCAUCUUUAAUUAUACACCGGAGCAGAUCUUCAACGUGGUUGCCGACGUCGAAAAGUACCACAAGUUUGUGCCGAUGUGCCUCGCUUCGACAGUGCUGCCCAACACGCGGCGAACGGUGCCGGCUUUGAUUCUAGGCGACGCAGACAGCCAAAGCUUUGAUGCCGAGCUCGUAAUUGGGUACCCACCCUUGCAGGAACGCUACACGUCGUUUGUAAGACUGGAUAAGCCGUGGCGCAUCGUGGCCACCGCUGCUCCCGGAGGCGGAAUAUUCAAGCACAUGAAGACUGUGUGGGAGCUGUCGCAGUCAGACGGAUCCAGUGCAGCAGCCGGGCUCCCGAAAAGCGCGUUUGUGAACAGCAGCAGCCCAAGCACGCUUGUCCAUUUCUCGAUUGAGUUUGAAUUUGCUUCAGUGCUGCACGCCCAGGCCGCCAGCCUGGCCUUCGAAAAGGUUGCACAGUCUACUUUGACUGCGUACCGAACUCGUUGCCAAAAGCUUUAUGGACAUUAA